AUGACAAUCCAAGUAUCUUCUUCUGACAACGCUCAACAACAACCGUCAGUGGUCGCCAACAACAACACCGCCAUUACGACUGCUACUGACGACAACAACAACAACAACAGCAAUAGCAGCAGUGUACCUGCUACAGAGUCAGCGGUUCGCCGUCUCCUUCGUCCUAUUGGCACAACGCCCCCUCCUUUUGAUGUCUUCCCUGUCAUCGAACAUCCUUUUCCGCCCAUCUAUGCGGAUGCUGCUGUCUAUAAAGACAACGCUGUACCUACUUGCUCCUGGCUCAGCAACCUUUUCUAUCCGAGUGUAGAAAAUAGAGCGCCCACCACGCCGGACCCUUACAUUUUGAGAUUCCUGGACCCAGUAGGCGAUCACCCUGGUGUCUCUAUCAGCCAGCCGCACGAUAAAGUCAUUGGUUCCUAUCCCGCUGUCAACAAUGUCCCUCCUACCCCUGCAGGCUAUAUGAUCAAUGGUGUCACCGUGGAUUUCAGAAUCACUGCUAAUGAAUGGACGCAAGCCAAAAAACCUACCAUGAAAGUAAAAGACUGGGAUCUCUUUGGUGCCAAACUGCAGUUAUUGAGUAGCGGUUCUGCUGCCGCUGCUGGUAUGGAAAUCCCGUUGGCGAGAGGUACGCCUUUUAUCACAGCAAGAUACCAAGCAUUGACACCUCAGUUUUACAGCCAACAUGCCAUUGUGAAUAUACAAUCCGUGAACGGCACCAGUAACAAUUCCGCAGAGGCAACCUAUCAAGGCACCAAGUUUAAAAUGACCUUCAACGACAAUCCAGCGAGUACUUAUCUGAUCUACGCUUUGAAUGGACCUUUGACGCUGAGAAAAGUAGAUACCAAUAACUUGGUAGCCACCGGAACCUACAAUGGUACUGUUCAGAUUGCCAAGCUACCUCGGCCAGAAGAUGAAAGCGUAUUAGAUGCUCAUAGUGGUGUGUGGGCUGUAGGGGCUCAACUGGAUGCCACCACCAACAAACAACAAUACACGAUCCGGUGGAAACUGGAAGGCGACAUGUCAAAAACAUUACUGACGUAUGCUUAUCCACAUCAUCUCAAAUCUUUUGCCUCCUCAGCCAGGAUUGAAAAGACCCCACUUAUACUCCAGUCCUCUACCAAGGGCGCCAUGCAAGCGGUCAUCGGCAACACGUGGACGCUGGAAGAACCCGAUCUUCCGACGGCUAUCAACUGGUUUCCCCAAAAUGCGGCCGUGACAGACCCGGCCACCCGAAACGAUAUCCUCGGCGUGCUUGAAGAUGACAUAUUGGAAUCCAACUACACUGAGCACACGCAACGAGGAGAUAACUACUUUAGUGGCAAGGGUUUACAGAAAUUCGCUCUCCUCGCGCUGCUACUGAACCAUCCUGAGGUCACUCAGUUCAACGAUCCCGUCUUGGCUCAAACAGCUUUGGAUAAAUUGAAAGAGUCCUUUGUGCCCUAUCUCGAAAACCGACAAGAGGAUCCCUUUUUGUACGAUACCAUGUAUAAGGGCAUUGUCGCCAAGAAGGGGUUGCCAGAGUCGAUGGGCGGUACUGGAGAUAGAAAUGCAGAGUUUGGACAUGCCUAUUACAAUGAUCAUCAUUAUCAUCAAGGCUAUCUUAUCGUAACAGCGGCUAUGAUUCACUAUAUGGAUCCUACCUGGAGAGCAGAAGAGCUCAAAACUUGGACAGAGACGUUGAUCCGUGACGUAAAUAAUCCAGUAGAAGAGGAGGAUGUUUAUUUCGCUCCCUUUAGAAAUUGGGAUUGGUUUGCUGGCCACAGUUGGGCAGGUGGUAUCAAAGUAGAUGGUGCUAUGGACGGCAGAGACCAAGAGUCAGUCCCAGAAGUAAGAGAAAAAACCGAACCUCACCUCGUGAACCUCAAAUAG